AUGGAUGCCGCUCUGCUCCUGAACGUGGAAGGCGUCAAGAAGACCAUCCUGCACGGGGGCCUGGGGGAGCUCCCAAACUUCAUGACCGGGUCUCGGGUGACCUUCCAUUUCCGCACCAUGAAAUGCGACGGGGAGCGGACGGUGGUCGACGACAGCAAGCGGGCGGGGCAGCCCAUGCACCUCAUCAUUGGGAACAUGUUCAAGCUGGAGGUCUGGGAGCUCCUGCUGACGUCCAUGCGGGUCCGCGAGGUGGCCGAGUUCUGGUGUGACGCCAUCCACACGGGCGUCUACCCCAUUCUGUCCCGGAGCCUGCGGCAGAUGGCGGAGGGCAAGGACCCCACCGAGUGGCACGUGCACACGUGCGGGCUGGCCAACAUGUUCGCCUACCACACACUGGGCUACGCGGACCUGGACGAGCUGCAGAAGGAGCCGCAGCCUCUGCUCUUCGUGAUCGAGCUGCUGCAGGUGGAGGCCCCCAGCGAGUACCAGAGGGAGACCUGGAACCUGAGCAACGCCGAGAGGAUGCAGGCGGUGCCCAUCCUUCACGGAGAGGGAAACCGGCUCUUCAAGCUGGGCCGCCACGAGGAGGCCGCCACCAAGUACCAGGAAGCCAUCGUCUGCCUGAGGAACCUGCAGGCCAAGGAGAAGCCCUGGGAGGCUCCGUGGCUGAAGCUGGAGAAGAUGAUCAACACCCUCAUCCUCAACUACUGCCAGUGCCUGCUGAAGAGGGCAGAGUACUACGAGGUGCUGGAGCACACCAGCGACAUCCUGCGGCACCACCCCGGCAUCGUGAAGGCCUACUACGUGCGGGCCCGGGCCCACGCCGAGGUGUGGAAUGAGGCCGAGGCCAAGGCAGACCUGGAGAAGGUGCUGGAGCUGGAGCCGGCCAUGCGGAAGGCGGUGCGCAGGGAGCUGAGGCUGCUGGAGAGCCGCCUGGAGGAGAAGCGGGAGGAGGAGCGGCUGCGCUGCCGGCACAUGCUGGGCUAG